CACAGUUGCCUGACAGCUCGACGAGUCAAGACGGCACAGGUCGUCGUUAGAAAUAUACAAAUUUUUCAAAAAAAAAAAAAAGUUAAAUUUUCGCUCAACUGAAAGAAGUCAAGUGAAUUAAAAGUAUAAAUGAAGAUCAACUGGCAACUGUGACAAAACUUUCAAAACUCAGUUCAAAUACUAAGCAGAGAAAAGAGUUGUGCAUAAUAAUUGAAAGUAGUGGAAAAUUUUUGCUUUAAUUUGUGAUUACUCAAGUGAAUGUACAUGCCUAAGGUUGUCUGUAUGCAGUGAGUUUGUGUGGAUUUUUACAGAAGUUGGGCGAGCAGAAAGGAGACCGAAACAUAAACGAUGGCGAACGAAAACCAAUCCAAAAACCAAUACUUGGCCGGAAUAUGCGCAAAUAUAAUCACAAUAUCGUAUGGCGGCUUCUGUGGUUGGCCCUCAGCAAGUUUCCUGCAACUGCAAUCUAAAGAUAGUCCGCUCGAGACGGGACCCAUGUCGAGUUCGGACGUCGGCUGGGUGGGCUCUAUGGUAUGUGUUGGUGGCGCGCUGGGUACUAUGUUUUGUUCGUGGUUUGCCGAUCGUUUUGGGCGCAAAAAAUGUAUGCUGUUGGUGGCGUUGCCGAUGUUGAUUGGUUGGUGGAUUAUACCGUUCGCUACCACACCGACACACCUUUGCAUUGCUCGCGUCUUUGGUGGCUUUGCCGGUGGCGGAAUUUUCACUGUCGUACCGAUCUACACUACCGAACUGGCGCAAGAUCACAUUCGCGGCAUUUUAGGUACGGUGCUGAUGCUAACAUUUAACUUUGGUAUACUUUGCGCUUUCAUCCUGGGAAACUUCUUCAGCUAUGAGCUUGUGGCUUGGAUUAUGUCAUCGUUGGGCGUUGCAUUCAUUCUUUGCUAUCCAUUCCUAAAGGAGACGCCGCAGCAUCUCUUAAACAACAAUAAAGUUAAGAAAGCUGAAAAGUCGCUAAAAUAUUUUAGAAAUAUUCGCGCGCUUUCACAUGAGUGGCCCGAACACUUCAAGUUCGAAUUAGAUAAAUUGAAAGGCGAUGUCAAACAGGGCGAUGAUGAGGAGAACAAUGCAAUCACAUGGCGGGAUAUAAACGAUCCUAAAACUCGCAAAGCAUUCCUGAUUGGCAUUGGCAUCAUUACUUUGAUGCAAUUUUCCGGUUGCUUUGCGAUGCUUAACUACGCUGGUAACAUUUUCCAAGAGUCCGGAUCCAGUUUGUCGCCCACCAUAUCGACAAUUAUUGUUGGUGUCAUUCAAUUGGUCGGCUCUUAUUUUUCCACGUUGUUAGUAGAACGUGCCGGCAGAAAGCUUCUCUUGCUAAUCUCUACCUUGGGUAUUGCUUUGGGUCACAUCAUAUUCGGCACUUAUACAUAUCUCGAUGUUCUCGGCUACGACGUGAAUGCGUUCUCUUGGGUGCCGGUAGUUAGUUUCUCAUUCACUAUUUUCAUUGCCAGUUGGGGCCUAAUGGGUCUACCCUACCUGGUCAUAGCGGAGAUUAUACCACCAAAACUGCGCAGCAUGGGUUCCAUGGCCUGCAUGGUGCAUAUGUGGAUUACAGGUCUCAUUAUGUUGAAGUUUUUACCCUUGAUGACUGAGAUGAUGGGCAUGCAUGGCAUGGUCUUCGCAUUCGCUGGCAUUUGCUCUGUCGGUAUUAUAUUCAUGAUUGUUUUUGUGCCUGAAACCAAGGGCAAGACCAUUGAGGAGAUCCUUGAGAGCUUGUAGUAUUAAUACGGCGACUUAUGCGGCUAAGUACGAGUAGUUGUCUUGGUGUUUGCUUAAGAUCUUGCCCUUAAGGCUCAAGCUCAAAUCGACUGAAAUUUAUUUAUGUAAGUGUAACAUGUAACAGUAUUUGUUGCCUCCGAAUACAUAUGUAUGUAUGUAUGUAAAUAUGUAUUAUGUAUUGUAUAUAUGAUAAUAUUAAGCUACAAGAAUACGAAUUUUAAUAAAUAAAUAUAUAAGUAUGUAUUUUUGAAUGCGGAAAA